AUGCACUCCUCCUCUAAUCUCACCAACUUCUUCCUACUCACUGCAGCUCUCCUGGUCCUACACACACGAGCCGCAGCCGGGGAUGAUGGCAGCGGCUUCCACGGAUAUGAGAGGGACGCGCUCUUAGACCUCAAGGCGCGCCUCAACAGCUCGUUUCUCGACAGAAACUGGACCGGCAUCAUGUGCUACAUGGACAACACGCCCUACUGGUAUGGUGUCCAGUGCCUUAAGGGUCGAGUCACCGGCCUCGUCUUGAACAGCAUCGGCCUCACCGGAGAAAUCAAGGCGGAUGCACUUGCCAAUCUCACCGAGCUACAAACUCUUAGCUUCAACAACAACUCCAUCAGGGGAAGCGUGAUGGACUUCACAGACAAUCACAAGCUAAGAAGCAUAGACCUAUCAAGAAACAGAUUCUCUGGUGAGAUCCCAUCAUCCCUCUUAAACCUCGAUUCCCUCGAAUCCCUCCAGAUUCAAGACAACGCCUUCACUGGUCCCAUCCCAGGAUUCACCCACUCCAGAUUAACAAGAUUCAAUGUCUCCAACAAUGAUCUUUCUGGUGAAAUCCCACACACCAAAACUCUUGAAUCGUUUGGCCUUUCAUCCUACCUAGGCAAUGCAAACUUGUGCGGCCCUCCCACUCCAACACGCUGCAGCUUUGAUGGAAAACAGAGUGUCUCGGAAGCAAAUAGCGAUCAAAGUUCGGGCGAAAAGGGCCACUCCAGCGGGAUUUUAGUGGCGGUUCUGGUGGUGGUUGAUGCGGUGGUGAUGGUGAUCAUCCUCUUGCUCUUCAUCAUGUACUACAAGAAAUACAAGAAGCUGAGGAAGGAGAUGAAGGAGAAGGAGAUCCCGACUAAGGAUGAAGAGCACGACAGCAGGAUUAUGCAGAGGAGGAUCCCGGAAGGGGAAAGGGGGAAACUGGUGUUCAUGGAGAAUAAUGAGGGAACGACGACGUUUGAUCUCGACGAUCUGUUGAGAGCAUCGGCUGAAGGGCUGGGAAAGGGAAAUUUCGGGAACUGCUACAAGGCUAUGAUGGAGGUGGGGCCAGCUGUGGUGGUGAAGCGAUUGAGAGAUCUCAAACCGUUAAACAAAGAUGAGUUUGUGAGACAGAUCACAGCCAUUGCUGAUCAGAAGCAUCCUAAUUUGUUGCCUCUUUUAGCCUACUUCUACUCCAAGGAUGAGAAGCUCUUCGUCUACAAAUUUGCAGCCAAUGGAAAUCUUUUCAAUCGCCUCCACGGAGGAAGAGGAACGAGAGAGCGAUUCCCUUUCCGGUGGAGCUCGCGGCUGGCGGCGGCGCGCGGGGUGGCGCGAGCACUAAAGUACCUCCACGGCAACACUCGGUCGCAGACCGCCGUCCCCCACGGGAAUCUGAAGUCGUCGAACGUCCUGAUCGACGAGAACGACGAGAUCCUGGUGGCCGACUACGGGCUGACAUCGCUGAUCGCGCUCCCGAUCGCGGCGCAGCGCAUGGUGGCGUACAAGUGCCCGGAAUAUUUAUCGCAGAAAAGCGUAUCGAAGAAGUCGGACGUGUGGAGCUACGGGAGCCUGCUGCUGGAGCUCCUGACGGGGAGGGCGUCGGCGCACUCGGCGGCGGCGGGGACGAGCGGGGUGGAUCUGUGCAGCUGGGUGCACCGCGCCGUGAGGGAGGAGUGGACGGCGGAGAUAUUCGACGCGGAGAUGGCGGUGCACAGGGGGGCCAACAGGGGGAUGUUGAGGCUCAUGCAGAUCGCGUUGAGAUGCUGCGAUAGGUCGCCGGAGAAGCGGCCGGAGAUGGGGCAGGUGGCGGCGGAGGUGGAGGAGAUAAAAGCCGGCGGCGAAUCGGAGGAUGAGGAGUACUCGUAUUCGUCGUAUGAUCGGUCGCUGACGGAUGAUUCAGUCUCAGUUUCAAUCUCAGCCUCAGCCUCAGCCUCAGCGGCUACGUCGGUGUGAAUUGGAAUGCAUGCCAACUUAUGUCAAUUUUUCAAACCAUCUUUUUAUUUCGUCUUACUACUUGUACAAAUUCAUUACAUGAUUUUAUAAGUCAUCAAGCAUUGUAUUGUAGAGACAAAUCUGUCAUUUUUAUUUUUGAAAAGCCAAAAACAACAUUAUAGUAUAUAAUACAAUUAUUGAUUCUUGCUC